AUGUCCCGGCAGUCUCCAGCCGACUCUGAACGGCCAGGAAAUACAGGUCCCACAAGAAUUGACUACAUCCCCACAGAGGAGGAGAGGAGAGUGUUCAGGGAGUGCAACCAGGAAAGCUUCUGGUACAGAUCUUUUCCUAUAUCUGUCAUCAGCAUGGGCUUCACUCAGUUCCUUAUCUCUAGAGCUGCUGGUGUUUUUGGGUACCUCGGAGGGAAGAUGUCAUACAUGAAGACAUGCCAGGAGAAAUUUAAGAGCUUGGAGAGUUCAGCACUGAGACAGAGACAGCGCCACCAACCACCAGUGUUUACCCAUAAGCACCCGGAACUGAGUGAUCCAAACAAAGCCGACUCUGAGCCGGCCUUUCAACUUGAUGAUCAGAGGAAUCAGUCCUUCUCCUAUUCGAGUGAUUUCACUUACAUGUCCUCAGCAACUCACUCUGACACCCAAAUUACAGGUAGUUCAGUAGAGCCAAUUUACAUUGAGGAGGAUGUACAGAAGAAACACAUUCUGUACGAGGAGCUGCGGAGUAAGAACAGGGAACACUAUGAAGUUACGACUCCGAAACCAGAGACACUGUUGAAGCCUUCGGCCGAGACCAACCCAGCCAAGAGAGGUGAGAUAUGA